AUGACCAAGAUAAAAUCCAUAUAUGAUUGUACAAUAAUAGAUCUGGAUAAUAAGAAAAUACCCAUGAGUAUAUUCGAGGGGAAAGUUCUUAUUAUCGUUAAUACGGCUACAUUAUGUGGAUUUGCACCACAAUUUAUACAAUUAGAGACUUUAUAUCAAAAGUAUAAAGAUCAAGGUUUGGUAGUAUUAGCAUUCCCAAGUAAUCAAUUCAAUAAUGAAGAUCCUAAACCAAUCAAAGAAUCAAUUGAAGAGGUGCGGACGAAAUAUGGGGUAACAUUCCCAAUAUUGAAUAAAGUUAUGGUUAAUGGUAUUGAUGACGAUGGUGAUGAAUUAUAUGAAUACUUGAAACUGGCAAAGCCAGGGAAGUUCGGAUUUAAAGGAGUGUUAUGGAAUUUCGUUAAAUUCAUAGUGUCAAGAGAUGGUAGAGUAUAUCAAAGAUUUCCUUCAGAAGCUCCACCCUUAAUAUUCGAACCAGUAAUCCAAGCUUUACUUAAAUCAAAUUAA